GGGAUGCACACUAACCUUAUCCAUCUGUGCGUUGCGAAGAGACAUUUGUGAUAAUUUUGAUUUUAAAAUAGUUCGAACUUAUUUUCUCGUUGGUAUCAUAAUUACGAGAAAGUUAUAUAAUUUAACGUGUACAUUGUGUGUAUAACAGUAGUAUCGAUGGAAACUGUGCCGAAAGAUUUACGUGGACUAAGAGCGUGUUUGGUGUGCUCUUUGGUUAAGACUUUUGACCAAUUCGAGUUUGAUGGAUGUGACAAUUGUGAUGAUUUUCUUCGUAUGAAGAAUAAUAAAGAUAAUGUUUUUGAUUGUACGAGUUCCAACUUUGAUGGAAUGAUUGCUGUAAUGAGUCCAGAAGAUAGCUGGGUAUGCAAGUGGCAAAGAAUAAAUCGAUUUUGUAAAGGCGUCUACGCCAUAUCAGUAUCAGGACGAUUACCUGCUGGCGUAAUCAGAGAAAUGAAGAGCAGAGGAAUAGUAUAUAGGCCGCGCGAUACGAGUCAACGUUAAUUAUUUAAGAGAUCUUUUUCUAAGAUGUACAUAUUAAAUUUUUCUUAAUACUGCAUUAUAAAUGCAUUAUAAAUAGACCAGUCGAAAUACAAUCAUUGUUCAUUUUUGUUAAGCUAAGUAUAUACAAAUAUUCCUGCACGGCCAAUUUAAUGUAAUAUCGCAUGUCUAUUAUUAACAAUCUCUAAAAAGUACAAGUUUAAUAAAUAAUUUAUAUUAUUAAA